AUGAAUCUUGUCAUGAAGGCCAAUGGCAACGGAUCACUUAAGAAGCUCCCCGUUGAUUUCGAUAACUUCACUAAUGGAAAGGACGCGGAUAUAAUUUGUCCAAUAAAAUACAUUUACGAUUAUCUCCCUCAGAAGCCAAAGUGGCUGCAGGCACAACAAGUCACUCUCAAUGACGUGCUGCAACUACAAUCAGUCGAGAUACAGGGAGAUACCAGAAACAAUAGAAUUUCCAUCUACCCUGGAGCAGCUCAUCUACCAGUUCACACUGGGCUUGGAAAUUUUCGCCAGAGCAAACACUGGGAAGCAAACGAGAGGGCGACGACAGAGUUACUCGAGUUAUUUGCGCAGGAUCAACACUGCAAGGAUGCGAUGCUAACCAAUGGACAAUCUAUGGCAACUCUUGCCAAACACCAGCUCCGAACUCCCGUUUUGGAUACAUAUAGUCGCUUUAGCAUUUACAUGUUUGCUGAUGCGGAUGAGAACCGAAUCCAGCUUCUGGCUCAAAGCGUGAUUUUGAUCUUCAUAUUUGAUGACAUGUGGGAAAAUGCAUCCUCGGAAUUUACCAGCCAGGUGCGAGAUGAUUUCAUUGGACGUAUCCAAGGCAACGUCUCCAAGUCUAUAGCAGACACUCCACUACAGAGACGAAUGCAUGAAAUUAGACAAGGAUUCUUGGACGGGGAUGAGGAAGAUGGGGGAAAUGCAGGUGCAGAGGUACUUCAAGAACUCAUUGAUUUUUGUCGUCAUGAGCACCCUGAGGAAUUUUCAUCUGUACGGGAAUACCUUGAUUACCGUUAUGAUGACAUUGCAAAUAGAUUCACGUGGGCAUGUACCAAAUUCUCUCUCCAUUCGAGGGUUGACCUACAUAGUCCAAAACUUCGUCGAUUAUUCGGCUACCUUGGUGAUCAAAUCUCUAUUGCCAAUGAUAUUGCUUCGUACGACAAAGAAGCAAAGCAAUUUCUUGAAGGAAGAGCGAAGGAGAUGAUUAAUCUAGUACAUACUACUAUGCAGGUCAAUUGUAUCAAUGAUGUCACAGCAGCGAAGUCAAUGGCUUAUGCUAUACAACUCUGGACCGAGAAUGAGAUUUUAGAAGAGCUGAGAGCCCUGAGUCGCCAGGGACAACUCAGCGCUGAGGAAUGGAGGUUGGUGGAUGGGUGUUUGGUUGCUGCUUCAGGCAAUCUUUUGACUUCAAUUGUGAUAUCUAGGUAUGGGGGUGAGGAGGCAAAGGUAGCCUUGUGA